CAUAUCUCUCUGCUCCGCUUCUCAUAGCUUGGGAUAUUCCCUACCAGAUCUCCUUCCUGUCUCUCUCUCUCUCUCUCCCCCCCCCACUUCGUCGGUCUCAUUUCCUCUCCAAGAACCUCCCCGCCGGCGGCGGAGAUCUCCGGCCAGAUCCGAGACGGCGGCGGUGCGGCGCUGCGAGCCGGCCCCUCUCCGGGCCGCAGUAUUCCGGUUCCGGCGAUCUGGGAUUGAAUCCUAGCGGAGGAUCGAGUUACGUCUGACAAACUUAACAGAGGAAUCUGGUUUGAACUGCCAUAGAACGGGAUGAUAGAAUGCAGUGUCUGUCAUUCCAAAUUGGUAUCCCCAACAAGCAAAACAGUGUCAAGGGCGUAUGUUACACAUAGGAGCGAGAUAUCAUCAAAAUAUCAUGCUCUCAAUGUUCUUCUCGUUGUUGGUGAUUGCAUCUUGGUCGGCUUCCAGCUUAGGGCUUCACCACUCAUGAUGAUAUGUGGAUAGUGCUCUCCUCCGAGUUGGCAGCAAGGCACCCUUUAUCAUGUGCAUAUGACUUCAUGUUUGCUUGACACUUGUGGGCUCGAGUGAGGUAUGUGCACAUGAACUAGAACGCCAAAGCUAACUCUUACACAUGGUUUCAUCAGGAUUUGACAUAUUCAGCCUAUUUUAGUUUACAUGUCCAAAGUGGAUGGGAGCUUUAAGUUUAGUCCUGUCAGUGUUAACUUUCUAACUGAGGUUGCAAAGGUUUUCUUUGCCAUCGUCAUGCUUUUAUUCCAGGCUAGGCAACAAAAAGUGGGAGAAAAGCCUCUUCUUUCAAUUUCAACAUUUGUUCAGGCAGCUCGUAAUAAUGUUCUUCUUGCUGUUCCUGCUCUUCUUUAUGCCAUCAACAACUACCUGAAAUUUAUAAUGCAGUUAUACUUUAACCCAGCAACUGUGAAAAUGUUGAGCAACCUGAAGGUUUUGGUAAUCGCUGUUCUUUUGAAGAUCAUAAUGAAAAGGCACUUUUCCAUUAUCCAGUGGGAGGCUCUUGCGUUGUUGCUCAUUGGAAUCAGUGUUAAUCAGCUCCGGUCAUUGCCUGAGGGAACUACUGCACUUGGUCUUCCUGUAGCAACGGGGGCAUGCAUAUAUACAUUAAUUUUUGUGACUGUUCCUUCACUAGCCUCAGUUUUCAAUGAAUAUGCUUUGAAAAGCCAGUUUGAGACAAGCAUAUAUCUUCAGAACUUGUUUUUAUAUGGCUAUGGUGCUGUAUUUAACUUUCUUGCCAUCAUUGGAACUGCCAUUUUCAAAGGACCCAGUAGCUUUGACAUCCUUCAAGGCCACUCAAGGGCUACAAUGUUUCUCAUAUGCAAUAAUGCAGCACAAGGCAUUCUAUCCUCAUUCUUCUUCAAGUAUGCAGAUACAAUUUUGAAGAAAUAUUCAUCGACAGUUGCCACAAUUUUUACUGGCAUAGCAUCUGCUUUGUUGUUUGGUCAUACUCUGACUAUGAACUUUAUUCUGGGAAUCUCAAUAGUGUUUAUAUCGAUGCACCAGUUUUUUUCUCCACUAGCAAAAGCCAAAAAUGAGGUGCCAAAUGGAACACAGGAAAUGAUGGAUGCUCAAGAUCUCAGGUCAAAGGAAGCAUCCUUUAUCAAUAUGACUGCUGGUGCAACUGAAGACGCUAGCCACCUUGUCGGACAUGAUGAGAAACAUGAGAAACAGCCACUUCUCCCCACCUAAUGUUAUUCACGAGGCAUGCUUCUUCUGAUCCCUAUGGUUUAUUUCAGAAAGAGGAUAUUAUAACAGGCAUACUUCUGCAAUCAUUUUAAAAAGAUAUGCAUUCACUAAACAUUUUGGAUUUAGGACUGUGCUAGUAAAAUGCAUCUUUAAUGUCAGACAUAACAACCAUUUUUUUUUCCGGCUUGCCAUUGCCAAAAGCCAACAUGACAUAAGCUACCAUACUGUGGAAGUUGACUUAAGCUAAAAAGAAGGCAUGAGUUUCUGCAAUUCAUGAUAAACCUGACUUAGACCAGAUAUCUAUCCUAUUCUAUAGAUCAGUUGAUGUUUCAAGAUUAA